AUGAGGGGUGGAGCUGUGAUUGUGCUGUGCCUGACCGUAACCGCGGCGCUCUCUGAAGAAAUCAUCAACACCACGGCCACAGACCAGGGUGACCCAAGCACCGACGCAGACUGGGGCAUCGGCUCCAUCCGAGACAGCUUCGAAGCCAUAAAUGGAUACUUUGACUCAUUCCUGGAGCUGCUCGGUGGCAGGAAUGGAGUCUGUCAGUACAAGUGCCGCUAUGGGAAGGCGCCUCUUCCGAGACCUGACUAUAAACCUCCAGAGCCCAAUGGCUGUAGCUCCUCUUUCCUUGGACUCAAGGUACCAGACACUCUCGACUUGGGAAUCCCGGCCAUGACAAAGUGUUGUAACCAACUCGACCUUUGCUACGACACUUGCGGAGCCAACAAGUACCGAUGUGACGCCAAGUUCCGCUGGUGCCUCUACGGCAUCUGCUCAGAUCUCAAGAAAAGUCUGGGCUUUGUAUCAAAGGUUGAAGCCUGUGAAUCUGUAGCAGAUACUAUGUUCAAUGCCGUCUGGACGUUGGGCUGUAAACCUUUCAUGAACAGUCAGAGAUCAGCCUGUGUAUGCAAUGAGGAGGAAAGAGAUGAGCUCUAA